AGCUUCCUCUGGGGACGUCCUGCCUCCUGCAUGGAGACACCACCGCCCAAUAACGUGAGCCUCCCUCUUCGUAGUCCUGGCAGUGCAGAACCCGCUGAAAGCGCGUUGUGAGGAUAAGCAGAGACCUGCCAGCAGCUAAAUUUCGCGCUUCAGCACAAUCAGCCCUGGCCGAGCAUGUGCAGUGUCUCCUCCUUCGAUAGUGGGGGCUGAUGGGCAGAUGCUGCCCAAAUGCUCAUUCAUCAGAAGAGGCUUUCGUUUCCGGACUCCCCUGGGCCUCGGGCAGAAAGGGUCUCUGCCACGAAGAUACAAAGCGCGGAGCCUUCAGGGUAUUCUGCCGCUCUCAGCAAGCCCUGCUCCGGAUGGAGAGGCCAUCGCUGGUGACGGAUGUGGGCUCCCAGGGAAGGUGCUCGCGCCCGUCCCGCGCCCUCCGGGGAAGAUAUCCGAGCGCGGAGCGUCAGCGCAGGACACGCCAGCCCCGGGGGCCGCGGGAGCAGGCGCUGCGCGUCUCUGCACCACCGCGCCGCCUCCCAGCCCUCUUUCCCCAGUUCGCCCUCCUGCCGCAGUCCGGGCCCAGAUUAUUCUCUGCACUUGUCAGUGGGCACACACAAGUUCUCCGGGCACGAACCUUCCAUCCGUUUCCCCGGAGGGAGUCCACCUUUUUAACGAUUAACCUCCCAGCUACGGCGGGCAAGGUGGCAGGAUGCGAGUGGGGCGGGGAGGGGCGCUUCGCACAUUCAGAGGCACCAGAAUUAGCUGCCAGUGCUCAAAUGGCUUGCUUUCUUUGGUUUUUGACAAACAAACGGGGUGGGAUGCUUUCUUGGCCGCCGGCCGCCGGGCCUGAGCCCCGGGCUCACUUCGCAGCCUGAUGCCGAGUUUGAGACCGCAGUCCCGCUCUGCUGACACCCGGGCUUCUCGCCCCAUUGCCGAAGUCUGCGGCCCGAGGGAUGCUGGGCGCGGGCUUUCCCUGCGCGCUUUAACGCUGCUUGGGCUAAAGCCCCAGAGCUCCCACCUUCGCAGCUCCUGUUCCUCGGCCCGCUCCUCUACCUCCGCCAAAGGACGUGCCCCUUCAGUAGUGUAGGGGAUCCCAGCCCCAGCGCGGGGGAGGGCGCCUCCCUAUCCCCUCCUCCCCGUCCCCGCCUCGGCUCGGGGUUUUACUGCAGCAGCCGGAGGUGACAGCGACGCCUCUGCUGCCUCUGUUGCUCUCCGAGCCCCGGCUUCCCCUGCAUCGGGAAAGCGCCCCCUCCCGAGAUGCUGGUCCCAAGAGAAGUGCGAACGAGCUGCAGAAAACCAAAUUUUUAAAUGUAGAAGUCGUUGAGCUGCAUUCCUCCGAGGACCAGUCUGAUCGCCCAGGACUGAGAGUGGCAGCGUCUGAGAAGUUGGGACCAGAGAGCAAGGGGGGAGGGGAGCGCUGCAGCCUGCAUUCUCUUCUGGAAGGAGUCGCUGGGAGCAGUGCGGUUGGACACAAGUUUGCGUAGGAGUGUUUUCCUUUUGUCAAUAAUUAAUCAACGGAAUCAGCCUGGUAGAAUUGGAGUUUUAGCAAUAGUCCAGAGGGCGGGGCCGAACACCUAACUCCGGAGGCUCUCAGGCGCCCAGCGCAGUGGGAAGCUCGCAGCAGCUGGGGAGGAGCCAGAGUCUCGGCGCUCACCUAAGCCGCAGGGAGAUAAACCCAACCGGGAGAUGAGGAAACAGCAACCCAGAGAGGAGAAGUAACCCAUACAGAAUCAUUUCCUGAAGGAGCAAGGCUGGAGACCCAGACCUGGACUUUAUUAGGGGCAGUGGUGCAUGCCUAUCAUACCAACUACUGGAGAAGCUGAAGUGAGGAGGAUCACUUGUGUCCAGGAAUUCCAGACCAGACUGGACAACGGGAGGGCUACAGAAUCACAUCUUCUGCAAUACUGCCAAGGACAAGCUUACUGCAGCUUGAAGGAGACAACCAUGGAUUUGAGGCGUGUGAAGGAAUAUUUCUCUUGGCUCUACUAUCAAUACCAAAUCAUUAGCUGCUGUGCUGUUUUAGAGCCCUGGGAGCAAUCUAUGUUUAACACCAUCUUGCUAACCAUUAUUGCUAUGGUGGUAUACACUGCCUAUGUCUUUAUUCCAAUCCACAUUCGCCUGGCUUGGGAAUUUUUCUCAAAAAUAUGUGGAUAUCACAGUACAACUGCUAACUGAUCUUGUUCACAUUCUGUGAAAUGGCAUUGCAUAUUUAUAUGUUGCUUACAAUUCAUUGAUUUAGGUAACUAUCCUGUCUUCAUUCACUAUCUGACCUGAAAAGCACUCUCUUCUCUAGGCACUGUUAUAUUCUGCCUUCCGCCGGGAGUUUGAAGUAGAUGUCUCUUUAGUUUCUUUCACACAUGCUACAUUGUGCAUCAGACCAUAGAUAAUACAAUGACUUUACCUCACAUACCAUAUUCUCUCAACACAAAUCUAUGAAUUUAGUUUAUUUAAAAUUGGAACAAUUCCUACAAAAUUUUUCUGGAAAACAGGUUCAUAACAGAACUACCAGAAUCAUACUUAAAGUGCUCCCUUGAUACUUAUUCUAUGCUGAAGGAUAUAUUUUUUUAAAUCUUUAUAGGCUACUGUCAGAAGUAUCUUAUCCUUGUUUACGAUGUACAAAAAGAUGUGGAUAAAUUAUAUGGAUCCCCUAAGUCUUAUUUUCGAGUAAGCUGAUGAUACUUUUAGUUCAAAUGUAAAAGAAUAAGCUGGAGGCAGUUAUAUCCCUUCGUACACUGUUCAUGAAUUGUUUUAAAUGCUUCUUGAAGUCUGGCUUUAUAACCGUUUAAAAUCAACAAUGUUGAUUUUAGAUAACCAAGUAAGUAUUAUAAUACAAAAUAAUUUUAAGUGUAAGAAACAAAAGUAUAAUCAAAGUAAAUUCAGAUAUUGUGAUUUGUGGGGUUGCCUUGCCUUGCAUGAUGCUGGGGGGAAAAGAUAAAAGAAAUGUUUCCUUUUUGUGUUUUAUUCAGUAGACAGAGAAAAAAAGCAAGUAUUGGGCUACAGGAAGAAAAGCUAAUAAAUAGGCUGGAAGUAAUAUUCUACCAGCAGGAACUCAACAGCUUCAGUUAAGUGCUUUGAUAUUGUGGCUCCUUUGCAGAGCCAAAGCAAGAUUUUUAAAAUUUACUUCAAAGUGUUUAUCUUCAAAACAAAUAUAAGGUUUUAAUUAUACUGCUGAAGCAAAUGUGAAUGCCAAAGACUAAGUUUGCAGUUUUCCUUUCCUCCCAACAAAUAUUAAUGUAUGUCAUUUAGAGGGUACAAAUGUAAAUAGGUUUGAACAAUAUUUGAACUCUUGUUUGUGUUACGAAAAAAAGUUUUCCAAGGAGAGCUAGAGAGAAAGAUGUUUGGCAUGCCAAAUUAACUUGCAUGUUUGUUAAAAAAGCAAACACAUGUUUUGAAGAGAAACCAGAUCUGAACAUGUAUUUGUUGAGUUUUGCAAAAUAAAAUUAAUUUUGUAAGUAAA